UCUGUGGGUUAAAAGUUUAAAAUUACAAUUCUUUCUGCAUAUUACCAACAAUCACAUAGUCAGAGUAGGUGUCAAGCUGAGUACUGACACUCUUCACAUCACUGAACAAAGUUGGAUAAAGAACUGAACACACACUGGCUCACACACACACAGAGAUACAGGCUGAGGUUAACAAAACAUAGACAAGCAACAGUAUUUUCCAGGGAGUCUCCAUUAUUUCUGGCUUGGGGUCUCUAAUGGUAUUUCAUUGUAAUUGCUAUGAUGUCAGAGUGUCCGUCCGCCCUAAUGGCCUUCUAAAAACAACAACAAAGACAGAUUGGUUCCAUUCACUGGUUGUUGUGCGAGCAGAGACACACAGGACUCCAGCAGCUCAAAUCUCUGCAAGACCCUCAACUCAGAAGCAUGCAUCUGCACCCCUUGUCCCUCUCAUUCCUACUCCUCUUGGUUGCCCGGGCAGCCGUGGUGUGUGUUGCUGUGACGACCAGCACGCUCCACAGUUUCCGAGGCUGUGCGGUGCGAGAGUUCUCCUUUGUGGCCCAGAAGCCUGGCUGCAAGGGAUUGCGUAUCACCACGGAGGCCUGCUGGGGGCGCUGUCACACCUGGGAGAAACCUGUGCCGGAUCCUCCCUACAUCCACCGACAACACCGUGUGUGUACGUACAGUCGUACCCGUCACAUGACCGCCCGCCUGCCGGGCUGCCAGCCCAACAUUUCCUCUCUCUACCACUAUCCCAUGGCUCUGCACUGCCACUGUGCCGUCUGCUCCACGCAGGACACCGAGUGUGAGACCUUCUGAGGGGCAGGACGCCACUUUCAGAAAACAAUGUUGUCAACACAUGAUAUGAAUGACACAGAUUAAAAUGAUGGAAUCAAGAUAUUUGACUGUGUGUGACUUUCUGACUUUCUCUAGCAAGAAAUGUUAGAAAGUGGUAUAAUAAUAAAUGUAAUUAUGUAGCACCUUUAAAAGUGUUUGAAAAGAGUUUACAAAGUGCUUUGAGAGACAAAGCAAAAGCAGGAUUCUCAGCAAUAUAACAACAGAAAGCCAAACAGUGAGGUCAAACA